AUGCCGGUAGCAGGUGGCGUUUUUGUCCGUUUCUCUAGUGUUUGUCGCGCGCUCGUGGUGGGAAUCUCUGGAAUCGCUGCAGUUGGAGCAGGACAGGCAGCAACACUUGCCUGGACAUAUAGAUCGCCACCAGAGUGUCGAGGUCCGAGCCACGGCCUAGAGAGCGUUCACCAACAGGGUGUGCCCCGUGUUGUUGUGUUUCUGGGUGACAGCCUCGUGACUGGCGUUGGUUGCACGUGCCAGUCGAACCCCGGAACAAACUGCAUUCACGGGGGGCCGGUGCUCGCACGAAGGCUCGCGAAGCGCUUGGCGAGUACGCUAUCUGCGCCGGUGGAAUGGCAUGCUGUUGGGAUGACCGGAGCUUCCGUGCGGGACCUGGUUGAGCAUGUACUGCCGCGCGCAUCCCGUGAAGUCAAUCAAGAACCAGAGCCAGCGCGAAAGAUAGACAUGGUUGUGAUUCUUUGUGGGGUUAACGAUUGGAAGCGAGCCUGGCGUUCGUACUCACCGUCAGCUUUUGAAGAGGGGCUCGCGGCGCUUAUAGGGGCCGCGCGCAAAACCCUCCGCCUCUCACCAGAUUGCUCCAUUUUGCUUCCCGCUGUGAACGGUUCCAUGAUCGAACACGUCCCCAAAUUCCAAAUGGAGCCGCUUCGUUCCAUGUUAGCAUUCGUGGCAGAGCAGUACGACAGCGCGAAGCGUCGCGUUGCCGCUCGUUUUGGAGAUCGCGUGCGUUAUAUACCCGCCUUGUCGACGAAUGGAGAAGCGCCUACGGCACUUUUCUCGCACCUUGAUGGAGUGCAUCCAAAUGAGGUCGGCUACCAGAAAUGGGCCGACCAUAUUUUCGAUCAAGCUAAUGUAAAGUGCUCGAAUGCGUAA